UAAAACAAAUGCCCUUGGAUUUUGAAGCCAGUUUGGAAAUUCAUAGGAAUUUCUCUGGUUAGGGAAUAGGGAGUUUGAGGUGAAUGAGUGAACUGUAAAGAAUGGCGAAUAUUGCGAAGGAGCCCAGCACGGCGCCAGACCCCGAGAAAUGGUAUCCUUUCACGCUCGGCUCUUCUCUCGCCGCUAACUCCAACACCAAAUUCUGCUCCCUCAGAUAUGAAUUUAAGCCUGCGUCUAUUGACUUAACCAGGCCGGGGUCCCUCCAGAAAAGCAAGGAGAACAAGGUUACCGUGGAGUUUAAUAAUAACCAGCCUGGAAAGCCGAAUUGUUCGUUUCAGGGCAGUGUUGAGGAUUGUAAAGACUUGGACGCCGUUCUCUUUUUUGACGGGCAGAAUUUCAGGCUAGAGCGCCUGCACAAGGCCGUCAAAUCCCUCAGGUACGUUAGAGAGCCCGGUGAGUCAGCAGCCGCCGCCACGUCAGCACCGGCGGCGUCUACAGCUGGUAAUGGCUUUGCUGCAACGGCUGCAGAGGCCCGGUCGCCUCCGGCUAGGGUUUCCAAGGGUGCAGCCAUUAGGACUACGCUCAAUUCUGCACCUGUUGCUAUUGAGCGAAUUGACAUUGGCGAGCCCGAGAAUACAAGCCCAGCUGGGAAGAAAAAUGGCAAGAGAACAGCAGAUGAAAUGAGUGCACCAUCACCUCUUUUAGCAUCUCCUGAAGAAAAAAGUAAUGAUGAAGAGGAACAUGUGGAUGUGGAUGAUGAUGAAGAUGUUGUGCAAGUAAACCAUGAGAUGUUGAGUGAUACCCAUGAGGCUAAUGUGAACAUUGAUGACAAUGUAUCUAAUGGUAGUGACAGUGAUGAUGAGAUUGCUGAUGUAGAUCUUAGCGAUGAUGAGGCUGAUAAAGGGCCAAAUGCUGCUGAAGCCUUGAGAGCUCAAGUUGAUGCUGAGCAGAAUGAGAAACAGCAAACCUCUAGUUCAAGUGGGACUAGCAGUGGAAGCAGUGGCAGUGGCACUGCUAGUAGCAGCAGUGACAGUGAAGGCAGUGAUGAUGAUUCAGCUAGCUCAGGUGGAGAUAACUGAAUGUUGGAAAUGGUUCUAAAUCAUUAUGCAUGUAUUGGAUAGCAUACUUAGAAAGAUGUCCUUAAAGAUAGAGUUUAUUCGGUCUAGAGUGCUGCCAACAUCAAAAUUCCACUUAAGUGCCCAUAAUUAUAGUAUCAUGAUGGUGGGAAAAAAUCAAAAUUCAAAAUAAUAAGAGUUAUGUAGACUUACAGAGAUUCGAUGAAGAAUUUGAAGAUUUAGCGAAUAAAUUAAGUGGAACUACACUCUUCAAUCUGUAGGAAAAUAAAUGCUGGCCUGCUUCCUCCUAGCCAGUUGAAGUGACUUGUUGGGUGUUAAAUGCUAUAUCUCUGGUGGCCAACCAAAGAUAUCAGGGAAGUACUACUUUUCUCCAAAAUUUUGUUACCAUUUAAACUAUGAAUUGGAGAAACCUGAAAUGUUGGGAGUGAAGUUUAAUUGCAUGGUCACUAGAAAACUGCACAACUGUUCUAGCAACUAUGCUAAAGAGAGCAAUAGCAACAUUGCAUUUGUGUAUAUUUAUAUUAGCGUACACCCUUCUACUAACUAUAUAGAAAUCAUUUUUUACUUUCAA